AUGAAAGGAGGUAAAUCAAAGGCUGAUACGAAGAGCUCCAAGCUCGCUGUGAACAAGAAGCCAGCUAAGGCAAGCAAAGCAGCUGCGGCGGCUAAGGAUCCUAACAAACCGAAGAGGCCUGCCAGUGCCUUCUUCGUUUUCAUGGAGGAUUUCCGUCAGACUUACAAGAAGGAACAUCCCAACAACAAAUCUGUUGCUGCUGUUGGGAAAGCUGGUGGAGAGAAGUGGAAGUCCUUGUCUGACACUGAGAAGGCGCCCUAUGUCGCUAAGGCUGACAAGCGUAAGGUUGAGUAUGAGAAGACCAUGAAAGCCUACAACAAGAAGCUGGAGGAAGGUCCAAAGGAAGAUGACGAAUCUGACAAGUCUGUGUCUGAGGUUAAUGAUGAGGAUGAUGCCGAUGAUGCCAGUGAUGAGGAGGAAGACGAUGACUAAGAAGUUUAUGUUUGGUAGCAUUAUAUAGGACGCUGCAAGGAUCUCAAGCAUGUUCUUUUUUAUUUCCUCUUAAAAAUGUUAACUAAGCUGGUUAAAAUGGUUUUUCUUGUUUUCUUUUUUACUGAUUCUACGGGUAAUAGAAAAAAUGAAUGUAAUGAGAGAUUUGCAGCUCAAUAUAACUAUUUAGCUUUUUUUAAUAGCUCUAUGUUUGUUAUGAUCUUAAUGCUCUUUUUAAUCUCC